GUUCAUAUUUACCAUCAAGACAAUUUUCGGCUUCCCGUCAGCCUGUUUGUGUUGAUUUGAUGACCGAAAAAAAGUAAAACUAAAUUUGUGUUUGUUAUGAUUGCGUGAUUCUUCUAAAGCUAGGAUUUUAAAACAUCCAAAAUGCCAAGCAGUGAUGAAGAAAACGAAAAUCACAGUAGUGAUGAUGAUGGAGAUUUGAGUAAUAGCCCCGAUAAUAAUGAUGACGAUUCGCAAUCAUCUCAAGAAGACGGAGGUGGAGGAGGUAGAAGAACAUCAGGAUUAAACCUUACUGGGUUCCUCUUUGGUAAUAUUGACAAAGAGGGUAAACUUGAAGCAGAUAUCCUUGAUGAGGAAUCUAAACGUCAGCUGGGCACCCUUGGACGAUUUGGCUUGAUGUCAAUACUUCAAAAUGUCAUUAGAGAAGACGAUUCUGUAAGCAAAGAUCAAAGUACAGAUUCUGAAGAUGAUGGAGCAAAAUCUCCAACUGCUGAAGACUAUUCUGACAUCAACGAACUGGCAGAAGACGAAGGAGGACCAUAUCUUGAUGACUCAAUCCUCAUGCCACCACCACCUACACCAACAUCCAAGAGCCUUUCGGCAAGUGAGGCAAAGAAACGAUUGGAAACGCCUUUGGCAGCCAUGCUUCCUUCCAAAUACGCUAACAUAGAUGUGAGAGAGCUAUUCCCAGACUUUCGGCCUGACAAAGUCUUGUGCUUUUCCAGACUCUUUGGGCCUGGAAAACCCAGUAGUCUUCCUCAAAUCUGGAGAGGUGUAAAGAAGAAGAGAAAGAAGAAGAAAUCUCCAGAUUCAGAAGACUAUGUUGAAGAGGAAAUUGAACAUGUAGAAAUCACUUUCAAAUUCGGCCCACCUCCUCCUCCGGAAAAAUGCAGACCAGAUGACGAAGAACGUUUCUUAAAGCCUCUAGAAGAUCCUAAUGCUCUCAAUAAUAUCAAGAACUCUGAUGAUGACAAAGGACCCAAUGUAGCGGAUUGGAGGUUUGGGCCGGCUCAGCUUUGGUAUGACAUCCUUGGAGUUCCAGAAUCAGGAGAAGAGUUUGAUUACGGUUUCAAAGUGAAACGGAAAGAUCCUAAUAAUGUUGACGAAGAUGGCAAAGACCUGCCCGGGUUCAAAUUUCCAGACGAGGCCUUUCACAUGAUCACGCAGUUAAAUUGGGAAGACGACGUGGUCUGGAAUGGCGACGAUAUCAAGCACAAAGUAAUGCAAAAAUUGAAUGCAAAAGGUGGCUUAGCCUCAGGAUGGCUCCCGACGGCUACCAAUCGCUUGGCUACACAGAAAGCCACCCCUGCUGCCACUCCAGCCACCGGUAAAGCAGCAACUCCUGGAGCUAAAGGUGGCGCAAAAUCGGCUGCAAACAAACCCGGAGGAGCGGCCGCAGCAGCCGCUGCCGCCGCCGCUGCGGCUGCUGCUGCUGCAGCCGUCGAAGAGGCAGCCGACGACGUUUGGCAUUCGAUUUUCCCAGUCGAAAACGACGAGUUGGUGUUUGGCCAGUGGGAAGAUGACAUCAUCUGGGACAGCGAAAACAUGAAGGAGAUGCCCAAACCCAAGAUAUUGACACUAGACACUAACGAUGAAAACGUCAUUUUGACCAUUCCUGAUGACAUUGAUCCUGCCACAAAACAAGCAUACGUUCAACAGCCUGUCAAAGUCAAGAUUCCUCAUCCUCACGUCCGAAAAUCCAAGUUACUCUUGGGAAAAGCCGGUGUCAUUAACGUAUUGGAAGACGAUUCACCUCCUCCACCGUCGGAAAAUAACGAUAAAGAUCCUUACAAUAUCUCCAAUGACGAAUAUUAUGCAGCCAAAGCGACCGAGGCGGCUAUCAAAGUCAGCACGGGUGGAAAUAUCAUUCAACAUUCAACGCCCGUGGUGGAACUCCAGGCACCUUUCAUUCCCACGCACCUGUCGAUAAUGAAACUGCGCAGUUUCCAUCGACCACCGCUCAAACGCUACUCCCAUGGACCGUUAUCGACACCUGGCCCUCAUCCUGUCCACCCGCUCCUACGCCACAUCAGAAAAAUGGCCAAACAGCGUGAACUCGAGCGAAUGGCUGCCGGUGGUGGUGAUAUCUUUUUCAUGCGAACACCGGAUGAUCUCAGCGGUAAAGAUGGUGAUCUCAUUCUCCUGGAAUACUGCGAAGAACACCCGCCGUUAAUCAGUCAAGUGGGCAUGUCCUCCAGGCUGAAAAAUUAUUACAAACGGAAGGCUGUCAAAGACACAGGGCCGCCUCAAUACAAAUACGGUGAAACAGCUUACGCUCACACCUCACCGUUUUUGGGUACCCUCCAUCCGGGCCAGUCCAUCCAGGCUAUUGAAAACAACAUGUACCGUGCACCAAUCUACGAACAUCAAUUGCCGUCGACGGAUUUCCUAGUAAUUCGAACGCGGACAACGUACCAUGUCCGUGAAGUCGAUGCAUUCUACACUGUCGGUCAGGAAUGUCCACUGUACGAAGUGCCCGGUCCGAAUUCUAAAAGAGCCAACAACUUUACCCGCGAUUUCCUACAAGUCUUUAUCUACCGACUGUUUUGGAAGAGCCCCGACACUCCACGUCGUAUCCGCAUGGAUGACAUUAAACGAGCUUUCCCAGCACAUUCCGAAAGCAGUAUCCGCAAACGGUUGAAACUAUGCGCGGACUUUAAGCGAACAGGAGUCGACUCCAAUUGGUGGGUAUUGCGGCCGGAUUUCCGGUUACCUUCGGAAGAAGAGCUUCGAGCGUUAGUGUCGCCGGAGCAAUGUUGCGCCUAUUUCAGUAUGAUCGCGGCCGAACAGCGUUUGAAAGACGCCGGUUACGGUGAGAAAUUCCUUUUCGCACCUGAGCAGGAUGACGACGAAGACCAGCAACUGAAAAUGGACGACGAAGUCAAAGUAGCCCCAUGGAACACCACCCGCGCCUACGUCCAGGCCAUGAAAAACAAAUGUCUCCUGCAAUUAACAGGUCCGGCAGAUCCUACCGGUUGUGGCGAAGGUUUCUCCUACGUCCGCGUUCCCAACAAACCGACCAUCAACAAGGAAGAGCUGGAAUCUCAACCUAAACGUAUUGUGACGGGCACCGACGCCGAUUUGCGUCGAUUGUCACUCAACAACGCAAAAGCAAUUUUGAGGAAACACGGCGUACCUGAGGAGGAAAUCAAGAAACUCUCCCGCUGGGAAGUUAUUGACGUCGUCCGAACACUUUCCACCGAAAAGGCCAAGGCCGGCGAGGAAGGCAUGGACAAAUUCUCCCGUGGUAAUCGCUUCUCCAUUGCCGAGCAUCAGGAGCGAUACAAGGAGGAGUGUCAACGCAUUUUUGAUCUUCAAAACCGAGUCCUGGCCUCGAACGAAGUUUUGUCCACCGACGAAGGCGAAAGCGAAGAGGAGGAAGACAUUUCUGAUAUCGAAGAAAUGGGUAAAAACAUUGAAAACAUGCUGGCCAAUAAAAAGACGUCCAGCCAGUUGAGCCGAGAGCGGGAAGAACAGGAGCGUCGUGAAUUGCAAAAGAUGAUCCUCGGCGAAGGAUCGGGCUCCAUGAAGAAAGAUAAGAGCCGUGUAGGACUGGACGAAGAAGACAGUUCAUCUCAACCGCCGCUGGCAGGAGCCGGACAGGCCGGUCGAGUGCUCAAAAUUUUCCGGACCUUCAAAAACGCCGAGGGCAAAGACUACACCCGCGUUGAAUUGGUUCGCAAACCGGCCAUCAUCGACACUUACGUCCGAAUACGAACGACCAAAGAUGACGCCUUCAUCAAACAGUUUGCCACGCCCGACGAGCACCAAAAGGAGGAAAUGAAACGUGAGAAACGUCGAAUCCAGGAGCAACUCAGACGACUCAAACGCAAUCAAGAAAAAGAGAAAUUAGGCAUCGUUAACAAUCGCCGUCGUAAAGUCAAGAUGAAGCCCGAUUUGAAAAUGAAAUGCGGUGCCUGCGGACAGGUGGGUCACAUGAGGACCAAUAAAGCUUGCCCGCUCUAUCAAAACACCACCCCGUUGCCACCGAUGGUUGUGGCCAUGACGGAGGAUCAAGAGGAGGAAAUUGAAAAGCAAAUCUUUAGCGAAGAUGAAGAAUUGGUCAAUGUCGACGGUACCAAAGUGAAAUUGUCCGGCAAGCUGGUCAAACACGCCGAGGAAAUCAAGCGACGUUCGCUAGUUCUUAAAGUGCCCAAGGAAGCCAUGUCGGGUCGAAAGAGAAGGCGAGCAGGUACAGUGACGCAUUGCGACUACCUGAGCAGACAUACAACUAAGACGGCCAAUCGACGAAGGACUGACCCUGUCGUGACACUUUCCACCAUGUUGGAGGAAAUCCUCAAUGAGAUGAGGGAAUUACCCGAUGUCCAGCCUUUCCUGUUCCCGGUGAGCAGCAAAACAGUGCCGGAUUAUUACCGGAUCGUUACUCGACCUAUGGACCUUCAGACGAUCCGGGAAAACAUCCGGCAAAAACGAUACCAGAGCCGUGAGGAUUUCCUGUCCGACGUCAACCUCAUCCUGGAGAAUUCCACGUUGUAUAAUGGAGAUAAAAGCAUUUUGACCACAGCUGCCAAGCGGAUGCUGGAUCUCUGCAUCGAAAGGCUUUCCCAGAAGGAAGAGAGGUUCAUGAGGCUGGAAAAGGCCAUCAAUCCGUUGCUGGAUGACGACGAUCAGGUGGCCUUUUCCUACGUCCUCGACAACAUCAUCAACGGAAAGUUGAAGCCUCUGCCAGAGGCCUGGCCGUUCCUCAAGCCCGUCAACAAGAAAUUCGUCAAAGAUUACUACACCAUCGUCAAAAAUCCGAUGGAUUUGGAAACGGUGGCCAAGAAAGUCAAAGCGCACAAGUACCACAACCGCGAAGAGUUCCUCUACGACGUCGACCUGAUCCUGGAGAACAGCAUCGCCUACAACGGAGAGGAGUCGCAGUUUACAGAGAAGGCCCGUGCCCUUGGACGUAUUUGUCGAGAUACUCUCGAAGAGUACGACGACCACCUGACUCAAUUGGAGAGUAAUAUCCGCAUUGCUCAGAAGAAGGCCAUGGAGCAAGCCGAAAACGAUUUCCUCGACGUGGGUGAAGAAGGUUACGAGGAUGAGUACAUGAUGGAGUCGAUGGACAUGAUGGAAACGCCAGAUCGUCCCGGUGAGGACGAAUGGGAUCCCGAAGCCGAAUCGCCUGUCCGGCCGACUAAGAAAAGCAGGAAAUCGGCCUCGAAUAAUUUCGCUCAACCUGGGCCUUCCGGCGCAGUGAAACCCAAGGGCAAGCGAGGCCGUCCAGCCAAAAACAAAGGGUCACCGACUCCAAAGGGAAAUUCUCCGCGGGUCAGUUUCUCGUCUCCACGCGGAUCUAAGCGGAAGGCAACCGACGUGCUGGACGACCUUCAGUACUCGGCCAGUGAAAAAGAGGAGGACGAAGACGAGGAUGACGACGACGAAGAGUUGGAAGAGGUCGCCAUGGACGUGGUGGACGUGGACGCCAAUUACGAUCCGGAAGCGGAAUUCUUUUCGUGCGGGCCCAGUAAAGACGAGGACAUUCGCGACGAUUUGCAAGUCAGCGAGUCGGAGGAAGAAGGUGAAAUUCGCGAUGACCAACCCGUUGCUGCCAGCGCCAAUAACAAAGGUCGUAGUCGUCACCACUCGAACCGCCCAAAUUCAUCCCGUGAUGAGGAUGACGACGGAGGUUUGUGGUUCUAAAAAAACCAAACUAAACAAUUUACAAAUGUUUUAAGUGCGUCUGUGCCUCGAUCGCCCGUUAUAUUAAUUGCCCAUCAUGUUUAAAAACACAAUCUUCUUUUUUCUAAUUAGCAUUUUCAUGGGGGGUUGGAACCGCAACAACUUGUUGUUGUUGCGGUUGAUCAUGAUUCUUUUCCCUCCAUCCGAUUUUGUGGGGUGUUUUUUGACACUCUUUUGUGUACGUGUGUGUUGUAAACGUCAAAGUUGAUUUGCUGGGUGCGCGGAUGCCACAGAGUGAGGCAAUGCGAACGCUCGGAGCAUUAUUUCUCAAUACAGAAAUGUUUUACAUUUUAAA